AGUCAACUUACUGAGAGGACUCUCAACUGUUCAAAUAUACACUGACUGAAUGAUAUGCUUUAAUUUGUUGAAGAGGACGUCGGUAUAUGUGAAACCAGUUUGAUCUCCCCUGAUGGCUCCUUCUACACGUUUGGUCCUGCUGCUGCAGCUCCUCAGCUGGAUAUCAGCUAGUCUGGCAUGUUUCUGUGACAGAUACCCCUGGGGCUCCUGGUCUGCUUGCACCACGACCUGCAACCAUGGUACACAGAACAGAUACAGGAAUUUUCGAUAUGAUGAUUAUUUCUGGAAGAGCAGCUGCUCUCAGCUGUGUAAGAGACAGGACAGCAGAGCCUGCAACCAGCAGGCCUGUCCAAUCAACUGCCUGCUGACAGAGUUUGGGCCAUGGUCUGACUGCUCACCAUGCGCCAAGAAACAGUUGCGGACUCGGUCUGUCCUCAGGCCGGGCCAGUUUGGUGGUUCACCCUGCAGUGUGGAGCUGACAGAGGAGAGGCCCUGUUAUCCCUCCACAGAGUGCAAGUUAGCACAGAUUGACUGCAAAGACAACUUUAAGUGUGAUAAUGGACGCUGCAUCAACUCAACGCUAACAUGCAACAGACAGAACGACUGUGUAGAUAACUCUGAUGAGAGGGACUGUGCCGAAUUUAAAGUGGUGUGUCCGACAGAUAAGAGAGUGGCCCCCGGGGCUGACCUGGUGGGAAACGGGUUUGAUGCUCUAGCAGAGGAGCCAAGGGGAGCAGUGCUGGAUAACAUGUUUAUGGGAGGAAGUUGCAUCAUCAAGAGGCCUCAAAGCACGCUGCUUUACCACCGCAUCCCUCACAACUUUGAGAGCUUUGAAAUUAAGGUUGGAGUACCUGAGGACUUCAGCAUUGAGCCGCAGCCACUGCAGGCCGAAGCCAUCAAUUUGAAGACAUCAAGAAGUACUCCUGAAAUAAGCCAAAGUCACCCUGACUCGUUCUUCUUUCUCAUCUUUGUCUUCAGUCGUGGAUCAAAGACGCAUGUCAGCUCUAACAAGGAAGCUUUUGAAGCUUCAAAGAAAACAGACUCCUCAUUUAUCCGAGUGCACCAGGUUCUUCCUGUGUCCACAUUCAAGUUGAGGGACCCGGGUGACCUCGUCCUGUCAGAACCUUUCCUCCAAUUCCUUCACGCUCUUCCCCUCGACUACAACUACCCCCUCUACAGGGACAUCUUCCAGCGCUUCGGGACACACUACUACAGUUCGGGGAAGCUGGGAGGCCACUAUGACCUGCUGUACCAGUAUAACAGAGAGGAGCUCAAAAGUUCAGGUGAAACAGAGGAGCACGUAAGAGGAUGCCUGAGCCAUGAGACCUUCUUUACCGUCAUCCUCUAUACCGAAUACAGCAGUGUAUCAAGAUGCAAUGACAACAGGAUGACUCAGAAAUAUCAAGGCUCGUACGUUCAGUCAGCAGAGAAGUCUUUCUCUCAGGUGAAAGGAGGUCGAACCAGAGAGGCAGCAGCUCUGGCCUGGGAGAGGCAGGGCGCUACACCGGACAAAACGGCCUACAAGAACUGGGCCAAGUCUGUCCUCGACAACCCUGCUGUGGUCGAUUACAAGCUGUUGCCCAUCAUUAAUCUGGUCCGUGGGAUCCCCUGUGCUGCCACAAAGAGGAGGCACCUGAGGAAGGCCCUGCUGCAGUAUCUGGAGGAGUUUGACACCUGCAAGUGUGCUCCCUGCCCCAACAACGCCAGACCAGUUCUCUCCGGCACAGAAUGCAAGUGCGUUUGCCAAACCGGCACAUUUGGUACAAACUGUGAGAAACGAGCUCCGGAUUACACUUCAGAGGAGGUGGAUGGUUACUGGAGCUGCUGGGGGCAGUGGAGUCGCUGUGGAUCCACCAUGAAGAGACAUCGGACGAGACGGUGCGAUAACCCCGCCCCCAUGAGAGGAGGCCAACCAUGCCAGGGCUCUAACAGAGAGGAGGAGGCGUGUCACAUCUCCAUCUUCCAAAAACAGGACACGUGUGACAACGAUGAUGACUUCACUGUGGGCUGGAGGGACGAGCUGCCUCCUGGUGUGCAGGGCUGUCUGAGACCACAGAAGCCUGCCAACAGCUUCCUCAUAAAAUCAAAGCAGUAUUAUAACUUUGGUGAGGAUGAGGAGUUCCAGUGCUUCACUGGAUUUAACCUGGAAGGUUUCCAGUUCAUCAACUGUCUGCCUGAUGGAACGUGGAGUCAACCGAAAGGAAGCUGCCUCAGAAAGAUCUGCCUUCCUCCUGAAAUCCCUGAUGGGAUGACUCUGUUCCCCAACAAAGAGGAGUACACAGUGGGUGAUUCAGUUGGUAUGAACUGUAAUGAAGCGGGCCUGUCGCCGCUGCCAAGAGGCUUCUACAGAUGUGGCAACAGUCUCACGUGGGAGCCUCCGCUACCAGCUGACCUACGCUGCACUGACGAGGAACCAUUUGUACCUGAGGUUCAGUGCGGUCCAGGACAGAAACUUGAGAACUCUCGGUGUGUCUGCAUCACACGAGAGACCUGCCUUUCACAACCACAGAGUCUGUGUAUCCUGAACGUAGACGUCGGGGUCACCGUGCCGAUGUCCCUCUGCUCCUUCCAUGCUGGUCGUUGCCACAACGAUCCGCUCUUCUUCAUCAGCGAGGGCUCCUGCGACGAGGUCGACGCAGACAAACUGGAGUGGGCUAAGUUCAGGGCCACAGUGGGCCCUAAGAGCUCUGUCCAGGAGCCCUGUGAUCUUAACACCUGUUAUGAAUGGGAGACCUGCUCUGAGUCUAAGAAGUGCGAGUGCAGAGCUGCUCGGGACUGUGCCAGAGGUGGAACACAGAUGUUCUGUGUGAAGCUGACCAAGACCCAGAGGAACCGCAGCUUGGACCUUUGUUCUAUGGCUGCCCUCAAAUGUGUUGGCUAUGAGUUUGAGAUCCUCAAUGAAGGCGUCUGUGAGGCAACAUGAGGCUGUUAAAGCUUGUCUACACUCAACCUCUGGAUUCAGUUAACUGUGGUAUGUUUAAAAUAGUUUCCCCACCACUGCUGAAAAACUGUGAAAUGAACCACAUAACCGUACAUACAUGAUUCAGAUCUUGCACUAUGUUAUACUUUAAAACACAACAUUAUAUUCAUGAAAGAAAUCUACACCAGCAACCAGGUAUACUGGGUUCAAACAACUAAUGCAACUCAAACCAAAGGCACACCUAAAUGAACAGUCAGAAGCAUUGCCAAAUCAGACUUAAACAGUAUGGAAAACAAUACAGCAUAGUAUCACGAUAUUUUGCAUGGCAAUAUUGUAUCGAUACACGGACAAGUUUUUAUUCCUUUGGGGACAUAAUUUGCAGGUAAUGAAUUGCAGUAUAUCACAGCAUAUCGCAAUAUAUUUAAAAUCGCAAUAAUAUUGUAUCGUGACACAAGUAUCAUGAUGAUAUGGUAUCGUGGAGCCUCUGAGGAUUCCCACCCUUAUUAAACAGAUGGUUGAUGAACAUGAAGGCAGCAUGACACCAUGAAAAGCUUAUUUCAAAAAGUAAAGGAUAAUUGGGUUUUCAUAAAAUGUCAGUAAGUCAUUUAGAUGGAAAAUACACUUGGAGAAUGUAUUGGUGAGCUGAAGCUAAAAUAAUGAAAAAUGUGUGAUUGUGCUAUUGUCAGAUUUUGAACACAUUUGGCGCCAUUCCGGAUGGGCAUAUCGAAUUUAGUGAAAAUUCAAUUACGCUGCCAUGUUGUGCCUUUUCACAAAAUAGGCUCUGAAAGUGAUUGACAUUGGAUCCUCAAGACAUUUUACUGUUAAGCUUCUUUAAUUGACACUCUAAAUCCAACCAGAGCUCUUCCUAAUUUGUCUGUUAACCUGAUCUGAGCCACUUUUAAAGGACAGAGAAGGCGUCAGUCAGUCAUCAAGUCUAAUCACAAACACAGAAUGGAAUAUCCACACUUGCUAAAUGUUCUUCACGUGAAAUAAUAAAAAUAUAAAAUCAU